AUGUGUGAGUCCGGCAUCUGCGGCUACGCAGCAACGCAGACAGUCGAAGGGGAGCCGCUAGGGGGCCGUCAUUCUCUGUCGCGCUACUGCAUCGUCAAAGAUCUGCCGCCUGGGGCUUCAUGCGACCGCUUCAGACACUGUGUCUCAGACUGCCUCCAGUGCGUGCAGGGUGUCUGCAAACCGGUCUCCUCCCCUCUACAGCAGCAGCAGACGCUGUUGGAGCAACAGCAAGAACUCAUGCUCCCUCUCGCCGUCAAUGGCUUCAGCGCCGACCAACAGCAACCGCAACAGCAGCAACUCACUAGUACCUCUCAGCAUACACAUGCAGUGGACGCCCGAAGGCUUCACCAACUGCAGCAAGCCAGCAGCAACUCCACUCACCCUACUGUAACAAACGCCGGAAAUCAACAUGACGUAAACCAGUCCUUCCUUCACUUCCAGAGGCAACUUCAAAACCAGCAGCAGCAGCAGCAUGGGCCUCUUGACGAGGCAACUGUGCGGGCAGCCUGGGAACAGCGGGCAGCUGAGGCAUCCGCGUUGCUUGGCGAGCCGGUGACGGCAGCAGAUUUGUCCCUGUUUUUUUCUGUGCCUCGUGACAAAGAUGGUGAGCCGCUAGAAACAAGGAAAGCAAAUCCGAGUGAUAUUGACCAGCACCUGCAGGGACAGCAGGCUCCCUGGAGUUACGGGAACACCGGCUUGGCAGAGCAGCAACUGGCCCCAGCAGCAGCAGCAGCAGGGUCGCAGCAGCGCCCACUGCUGAAUGGAUCGCUAGCCAAGAGGUUAGCGCGUCUCUUUACUGGCGUUUCCUUCGCCUUCUCACCAGAAGGAAACGAUAGAGGCUUCCCGACGUGGGGGCCUCCCAUGCACGGAUUCCCCUCUGCCUUGCCACCCCACCUGCCUCCCCACUCACCUGCUGGUUCUACUCCUGCACACAUUGCCGGUGUAUCGCCUGCUGCUUCUGCUGCUGCUGGCGCUGCUGGUGGUGGCGGGAGCCCCCAGAACCUGCUUUUACCCACAGGCCUCGCCAAUGCUUUGCCAGGGCAGGAAGCGGAGCAGCAGGUGGCUCCGCAGCAACUUCAGCAGCUACAGCAGCUGCUGCUGCAACAGCAGCAACAGGGUUCAUCUCCAUUUGACUCUUCAUUGGAGGCAAUGGAGGCGGCAGAAGCAGCGAAAUCGCCGAGUCCCACAGGAGCAGUAACACAAACAGAAGGAACCCUUGCUGAAGAAGAAGGAGAACCGAUUCAGGGGUUGGUGUUUCCUGGGCUAGGGAAUCCGUCCCUCAAGCCAUUUUCGCUUGCUGGAAAGAGGCCUUCAGGGCCCCUUCCUCCUCCCUUGUCCACCUCUCCUGCUCUAAACAUGCGGCAGCCUGCCCUUCCAACGCGGCUCCCCAUGGGGGCUCCCCUAGCGGGGGCCGGCGCUGCUGUUGCUCCUUUGCCUCCCCUCAGCGCUGUGCCUUUGGGUGCACUCGGAAGCACGCCAGCUUUGGGUCCUGCUGGUGCUUUGGGGGGAGGGGCCCUGCCGCCACUACCGCUACAACCGGGGCUUCAGCCUUCUCUGUUAGGUCCCGCGUCGCUGGCCACUACUGGAGUGCCGAUCCUGGGGCCUCUCCCGGGUCGUUUUCCUACAGAUUAUAAGGGGGGCUGCUGGAUUGACCGCUGUUGUGCCUCUGUAAGCCUACUGCCUAUUAUAUUCUGUAAUCAAUUUCCGACUAUCAAACCGUGCAACACCCCCAAUCCAAAUCUCAACGAGGACGUGGAAAGGAAACGAAAGCAGCGCAAGAAUUGA